AGAGACGGCAGUUUCACUUCCCAGCUUUCUCUCUCAUGCUGCCGCAGAUUUAUAUAUUAAUGCCAUCAUCUCCCUCUCUCUCUAGAAUUACGCAUUUAUUGCUCUCUCACUAGCAAUAAUUUGCAACUCUAGGACUAUAAAUAUUUCAAAGAUUGCAUCUUUUUGUAAUUUCAUUUUCUGGGUCGUGUCAAUUCUCUGCCAAAGCGAAGCAAAAAAGUCUUCUCUUUCACACCUUUCAAUCCCAUAAACGUAACACACAACGGAAAAUUGAAAGAAUCUAGGGCUUAAAUCCACACCAUUUUUUUCCCAGCUGAAGGUCCGUUUGUCCAGACUUCAUUUUCUCUUUGCUUUCUUUCUCUGGGUUUUAAUGUUCUCUGUUUGCAGCUUGAUUUUUCUGCUGACGUUUGAUUGAUUUCAUCUGGAUUUUUUGGUCGAUUUUCACUCUGCAAAAAUGAACCUCUUUUUUCCAUCUCCUCUUGAAUCUCUUGGUUUCGGCAUUUGGGUUUUCAGUUUCAGCUUCUUUUGAAUCAGUGUAUUUAGAAUUAUUGCAACAUAUCUGUUAUUUUGCUGGACGCUGCCAUUUCUGGUUUUGGGAAUUAGGGUUUUACUUUUGUGGUUUGUUGUUGUGGGGGGUGAGGGUGAUGAUGGAGGAGGUUGAAAAGGCAAAUAUUGCAGCUGUGGAGAGCUGCCAUAGAGUGAUUAACAUUUUAAACCAAGCUCAAGAUCAAAAUUUGAGUGGAAAUUUAGUGGAACAAACAGGGGAAGCUGUGCAGAGAUUCAAGAAAGUUGUCUCUCUCCUCAACUCGAGCUGUGGCCAUGCUAGAGUGAGAAAAAGUAGGAAAAUCCAACCUCCUUUUCCUCCAAACAUAUUCCUUGAAACCCCCAUUUUCCGAAACGAUGAUCAUCGCCAUCAUCAGCAGCCCAAACCCCUUCAUCUGCUUCAGAUCAAUCCCGUUGACACCAAUCGACGCCAAGAAUCUGUCUCCAUUGCCAAGAAUUCGCUCACAUUGGGAAACCCUUCUUUGGAAUUGAGCUCCCAUGGCAAGAAUCUCCGCCUCUCGCAGCAGACGCCGCUGCCGAAUUACCAUUUCUUACAGCAGCAGCAGAGGUUUCAGCUGCAGCAGCAGCAGCAGCAGUUGAAACAGCAGCAGCAGGCUGAGCUUGUGUAUAGGCGUAGCAAUAGCGGCAUUAGCCUUAACUUCGAUAGCUCCUCGUGCACGCCUACAAUGUCCUCGACUAGGUCAUUCAUCUCCUCGUUGAGUAUGGAUGGGAGCGUGGCGAAUGUGGAUGGGAGCGCCUUCCGUUUGAUUGGUGCAGCGCGGUCUGCUGAUCAGGCAUCGUUUCAUCACAAGAGGAGGUGUGCCGGCAGGGGAGAGGAUGGGAGUGUGAAAUGUGGAGGCAGUGGUAGAUGCCAUUGCUCUAAGAAGAGGAAGCAUAGAGUGAAAAGGUCUAUCAAAGUGCCUGCUAUAAGUAACAAGAUAGCUGAUAUUCCCCCCGAUGAGUACUCGUGGAGGAAGUAUGGCCAAAAGCCGAUCAAAGGCUCCCCUCACCCGCGGGGAUACUACAAAUGCAGUAGCAUGAGAGGGUGCCCGGCUAGGAAACAUGUGGAGCGAUGCUUGGAAGAUCCUUCGAUGCUUAUAGUCACUUAUGAAGGCGAACACAACCACCCGAGGCUGCCAUCACAGUCAGCCAACGCGUGAUUUGCAUUGAUAUUAUUGGUAAAAGAUCAUCUUCUUAAUUAGACUUGAUUGGUUCUGUACAUAAGCUGCUUGAGCUGAGGCGGGGCGAGGUGGGCGUCGUCGUUUGGUUUGGAUGGUCAGUUUUCUUCAAGGCUUCUAGUUCUAGACAAUGAACUCAAUCAAGAUUUGGUUGUAAGAAAAAGGAAUUCCAAUCAAUCUUAAGUGCCUCUUGUUUUUUGAGAAUUUUGUGGAUUUCUUUGGUAGUGAUCUUUUUUGGCUUUUAUGUUUUUUCUUAGCUAUUUAUUUUGUUGCUGCAUUUAGUAUUGAAUUCUGUUGGAGAGAGUUCAUUUUUUUGUUGAAGUAGUUUAUAAGAUGUUUGAAUUUUCUUUUCAGAA